AGACGGCAGCUGCAGUGAGUGACGGUACCGUGGUGUAACACAAGAGGGCGCCAUUUGAAAAGCUCACCGUUCACAAGAAGUCAAGCACAGCAGCAACAACCUUGUACAACUGAAGUAAGGUGGAAAUUAAGAAAGGACAGUGUUAAGAGUAAAAUAAGAGUGGUUUAAGUGAAGUUUAAAGCCACAAUAAGUUUCUAUAACAUUUGUCAAAAGGUUACUUAUUUUCUACUGAACUUCGAAGUGAUGUGUUGUUGUUAAGAAAAGAGUGUUGUGUAUUAAGAGUGAAGCUCAUUACAGGUACAGUAAUAUAAAAAGUAAUAUUCAAGUCACAUAAGUUAGAAUUUGUAAGGAGUGUUUUGCAAUUUAAAUAGAGCAUUGAGUGACAUUUAACCAGACUUAUAAGAUGACUGACAAAGAUCAUAAAGAGCUCUAUGCUGUAUCAUGUACUGAAGUGGAGGAAAAUGAUACUGAGCAAAUCUCAGAACCACAGACUGUUCGAAGAAGUGAAAGAGUUAGAACAUUAACUGAAAAAGGUAAAGAACUUCAAGAGGAGAAACUUAAAACGCUUCAACACAGAUAUGCAGUUGGUUUUGAAAAAUGGAGAUAUGAAGCAAGACUGAGCAAAGUAAAACUAAGAAAAGAAGCUUCAGACAGUGAAUUAAAGGAGCUGAUUAACAAUGUAAACAUCACCUGCAGAGAUAUGCAAACCAUUUAUGAAGAAAUACGACAAAUGCAAACUCCUGAUGCAGAUGCAAGGCGCAAAGUAGAUGCAUGUACAUCACUUUCUGCAUUUAUUGUCAGAAGAGCUGAGAAACAACUGCAAGGACACUUUGCAGAAGGCGACGAAGAGCCAUGGCCAGAUUUUGGGUCAUGCUUAGGAUCUGAAAGUACGACAUCAAGGUCAAAAUCCAGAAGGUCUAAAAGUAGCUCAGAAAGCUCACAAACAACCAAGAGACUGGAAGCAGAGGCUGAGGCAGCUGCAUCACAAGAAAUAUUAGCAGUUAUGGAAGAGCAAGAAAAGGAAACAAUUGAGUUACAAAAACUGGAACGUGAGAAUUUGGAAAGGCAGCAAGCAAUGGAAGAGCAGCGAAGAAAGAUUAAACGCUUGGAAGAAGUUAAAAAAUUUAAUGCUGCAAAAGCACGAGCAAAGGUUUAUGAUGAAGUUGAAAGUAUUUCUGCAAGUCAGAGUUCAUCACAGAGCAUUAAAGCAGAAAGUGAAAUCCAAGCAAUCCCUGUCAGAGCACACAGUUCUUCUCCAGCUCUAAAUGCUACUCAGUUCCAUAAUGCUACAAUUGUUGGAUCUGUGCCACAUAUUCCUACAGUAAUAAACCAAACUCAACAAAGUCCUGGUGAACAACCUAAGGCCACCAUAAGCCAAACACUUAAAGCAUCAAGUCCACCAUUCACCCCUCAAGCCACACAGGUUCCCUCUGUUGCAGCUCAACAACAGUCAAAUUACGAGCUAGUUGGAAUACUAGCAGAAGCAAUAAGUGCUAAUCGUCUUCCAACUCCUGAACCGACAUUGUUCACUGGUGAUCCUUUAAAGUUCAAAGAUUGGCAGUUGUCAUUUGAAACCCUGAUAGAAAGGAAAAACAUUCCAAAGAAUGAGAGACUCUAUUAUCUCAGAAAGUAUCUUGGUGGACCCGCGAAGAGAGCAGUGGAAGGUUUUCUUCUAGUGGGGACAGAUGAAGCAUAUGACUCAGCUUGGAAAGUGCUGGAAAAACGUUUUGGAGAUCUAUUCACCAUAGGAAAAUGCUUCAGAGAUAAGCUUCACAGUUGGCCUAAAAUAAACCCUAAGGAUGGAAGUGAGUUGAGAGAAUUUGCUGACUUCCUGAAGAAUUGUGAAGCUGCAAUGUUGCACAUAAGGUCAUUGGAGGUUCUCAAUGAUUGUAUGGAAAUCCAGAAACUCUUGCUAAAACUUCCAGAUUGGUUGACCACAAGAUGGAACCGGACAGCCAUGAAAAUAAGAAGAGCUAGUGAUGGAGAAUAUCCAUCUUUUCAUGUGUUUGCUGAUUUUGUAUCCACUGAAGCAGACUUAGCAUGUGAUCCCAUAGCAUCAAUGCAAGCUCUUAAAGGUUUGGAAAUAAGUAAACCCAAACAAUUACGCAACCAAGUCAUCCAAGCAAAAACACUAACAACAAACUCAAAUCACACAAAUACUGUAACCUGUCUUUUCUGCAAAAGAAAUGGUCACCCACUUGAUAAAUGUUUCAAAUUUAAAGAAACCCCACUCCAAGACCGUAUCAAGUUUGCACAAGCGGAAAGGCUGUGUUUUGGAUGUUUAAAGAGAGGACAUCAUUCCAAGAAGUGUGACAAAAGGAGCAAAUGUGAAAAAUGUCAAAAGAGACAUCCAACAUGUCUGCACGAUGACACAUUCAUUGAGCGUAAAAAGGUAAUACCUGCAGUGACUGAAAAGUCUCAAGACAAGGACGAAGCUGACGCUAAAGAAGGAGACAAACCAACGGUUGCGAUCUCUAACAGAGUAACUCAAGCAACUUCAAGCACAUUGACAUCCUCUAUACUACCUGUAUGGGUUUCAUCAAAGAAUGACCCAGACAGAGAGGUUUUAGUUUAUGCACUCCUUGAUUCACAGAGUGAUACAUCCUUCAUCUUGGAUGAAGUGGCCCAAGAUUUUGACACAAAUAAAAGUAAAGUUAAUCUGCGCUUGUCAACUAUGUCUACCAAGUCAACAGUUAUACCAUGUGACAAGCUGGUAAACCUUCAAGUUAGAGGAUAUAAGGAUGAAAAGAAAAUUACAUUGCCACCGGUCUAUACAAGAGAGUUUAUCCCUGUCAACAGAUCACAUAUCCCAACGUCUGAAACUGCCUUAAAGUGGCCUCAUCUGGAAAAGCUGGCAGAUAAGUUACCUCCACUGCUUGAAUGCAAAGUUGGUCUACUUAUCGGCUAUAACUGUCAACAAGCUCUCCUACCACGUGAAGUUCUUGCAGGCAAAGAGAACCAACCUUACGCACAGUUAACUGAUCUCGGCUGGAGCAUAGUUGGUUGUUCGUCUCAAGUUCAAAAUCACAAUGAUAUCAUCGGUACAAGUCACAGAAUCAUUGUUCGUGAAGUAUUUCCUGUUUCACAACCAGCAGUUGAAUUCAAGCAACAAGUGCAUUUUGUAUGCAGAACUCAAAUAAAGGAAGUCAGUCCAACUGAUGUGAUUAAGGCUUUGGAAUCCGAUUUCUCUGAACAUGCAACAGAUGACAAUCCAGUUUCACAGGAAGACAUUUUGUUCAUGUCAAAGGUGACCAAAGGCAUAAAACAGAAGAAAGAUGGUCAUUACGAACUUCCGUUACCAUUCAAAACAGACAAUCCGAAUCUCCCAAAUAACAAGCAAAGUGCUGAACACAGAUUGUCUUCAUUGGAACGUCGACUCAAAAGGGAUGAGAAAUACUAUAAAGAUUAUGUCAAGUUCAUGAAUGAUAUUAUAACUCGCGGAGAUGCAGAAAAGGUGCCAGAACAAGAGCUGGACAACAAGACAGCAUGGUACAUCCCGCACCAUGGGGUUUACCACCCCCACAAACCUGAGAAAAUACGUGUGGUUUUUGAUUGUUCUGCACGCUUCCAGGGAACAUCUCUAAACGAUCAUCUUUUGACUGGACCGGAUCUCACCAACACACUGGUCGGAGUGUUAUGCCGAUUUAGAAAGGGCCCCAUCGCCAUUAUGUGUGAUGUGGAAAGAAUGUUCCACCAAUUCCACGUCAUUAAGGAACAUCAAGAUUAUUUAAGAUUUCUUUGGUGGGACAAAGGUGAUUUGAACUCCGAACCUUCAGUUUACAGGAUGAAAGUACAUCUUUUUGGAGCAGCCUCAUCUCCUGGAUGUUGUAAUUUUGGACUCAAACACAUUGCAUCGCAAGGUAAAAACAAGUUCAGCAAAGAGACUGUUGAGUUCAUCCAAAGAGGUUUUUACGUCGACGAUGGACUUGCUAGUGUACCAUCAACAGCCAAAGCUAUACAGCUGGUCAAAGAGUCAAGGGAACUUUGCAAAACAGGCAAACUACAUCUGCAUAAGUUUGUAUCAAACAAUAAAGAAGUGCUUGCAACAAUUCCCCAAGAAGAACAAGCUCAGUCCAAAGAUCAGAACAUGGCUUUUGGAGAACUCCACAUUGAACGUGCACUUGGAGUACAAUGGUGCGUAGAAGCAGACGAAUUCCAGUUCAGAGUUCAAGUUAAAGAGCACCCAUUGACCAGAAGAGGGGUACUCUCGACUGUCGCUUCCAUCUAUGACCCUCUUGGGUUCGUCGCCCCAUUCACAUUGAUUGGAAAGCAAAUACUCCAAACAUUAUGUAAAAACAAGGUUAACUGGGAUGAUGAUCUUCCAGACCACAUUCUACCACGAUGGGAAGCAUGGUUGAGAGACCUGCCUAAGCUGGCAGCUCUGAAGAUCUCACGAAGCUACUCACAAGACAUCAACAUCAUACAGUAUGAAUUGCAUAACUUCUCGGAUGCGAGCCUCGACGGUUAUGGCGCAUGUUCAUACCUUAGAGCAAUAAGCAAGGAAGGACAGAUAAGCUGUUCACUCAUCAUGGGAAAAGCAAGAGUUACACCCAUCAAACAAAUGACCAUUCCAAGACUUGAACUGUCGUCGGCUGUAACUUCAGUCCGCAACGCGGAUGUAAUCAAACAAGAACUGGAAAUUGAAAAUCUACUAGAAUAUUAUUGGACAGAUUCACAAGUCGUACUGGCAUAUAUAAGCAAUGACGCUAAAAGAUUUCACACAUUCGUUGCCAAUCGGAUUCAACGAAUAAGACACAGUACGAGUCCUGACAAAUGGCAGCAUGUCUGCUCAGAAGAAAAUCCGGCUGAUCAGGCCUCAAGGGGUCUAACCGCUGCACAACUGAAAGAAUCAAACUGGUUGAAGGGUCCAGAUUUCCUUUGGAGAAAGGAUCUUCCAAUCAAAAGGGAAAUGGUGGGAGAAGUUGAAGAGACAGAUCCUGAACUUCGUGCAGGUCAUGCACACACCGUGCAGUCAAAAGAAGUGAACCCUGUUCUAGAGCGUCUAAAGAAGUUCUCUGAUUGGUCGAGAGCUGUAAAGGCUAUUGCCAGACUCAAACGAUGCAUAAAAGAGUUUAAAGGUGUUCAAGAAAGAACAAACAAAGCAACAGAUCUUGAAGAAAGAAGAGACACAGAAGUGUUCAUUAUCAAGCUAGUGCAAAGAGAAGCUUUCACUGAGGAAAUACAGAAAAUCAGAUCACAGAAGGAAAAUUCUCUGCACAAGCAUAACAGACUAAAGAGCUUUAGUUGUAGAGGCUCUAGAAAGCCCAGAUGGCAAGGUUCGAAAGGUGAAACUAAAGACAAGUGAAACGACAUUUGACAAAGGAAAACCACUGACAAGGUUGAUAUAUUUAGAAAGACCUAUUCACAAGGUAGUGACAUUACUUGAGUCUAA